UAGUAUGGGUGAAGGCUUUAUGUUAUAAAUAAAAAUAGGGAAGAAAAUAAGAAUAGCAUAGAGAAAGGGGAAUCUCAAUCAAUCAGGUAACGGGAACUUUUUUAUCAGUUCCGUUGGAGAGCAAGCUUAGCUGUGUGGAGACGACAACUACCACCCAUUUCCAAAGUUACAGAGAGGACAUUACCUCCUUGUUUCUUCCGUCCUCGACUCUCUUUCUCCCUAUACCCAAACUAUAAACCUCGGAUUUUCCUUCCUCUGUCUUUUGCUCCCUUCGCACGCGCUUUUUUCCUUAUACGCUAAGAUUUCACACGCCGAUCUGCUUUUCUUUUCUUUCAUUCUUUCAUUCCUUCGACGCCGAAAUGUGGUGGAUGAUGGGCGAGGCUGGAGGGAACUACUCUUCUAAGAAGACCGAUGAUCUGUGCAGCAAUGUUUGUGGCCAGGAAUCAAGUCAAGUUUCAAGCAUGUCAAGGAUUCGUUGCAUUCUGCGUGGUUUGGAUGUUAAAACCUAUAUCUUCAUGUUUGCCGUUGUCCCAAUGUGCAUCUUUGGAUUCUAUAUACAUGGGCAAAAGAUCUCUUACUUUCUGAGGCCCCUAUGGGAAAAAGCACCAAAGCCUUUCAAUGUCAUCCCUCAUUACUAUAACGAAAAUGUCACCAUGGAGAAUCUCUGCAGACUUCAUGGCUGGGGAGUCCGGGAAUAUCCUAGACGUGUUUAUGAUGCUGUGUUGUUUAGUAAUGAGUUGGAAAUACUAACCUUGCGAUGGAGAGAACUGUACCCUUACAUAACUGAUUUUGUUCUCCUUGAAUCAAAUUCUACGUUUACCGGAUUGCCCAAACCUCUGGUUUUCCAAAGCAAUAGGGAGCAGUUCAAAUUUAUCGAGCCACGAUUAACUUAUGGUACUAUUGGUGGGAGAUUUAAGAAGGGAGAAAACCCAUUUGUUGAGGAGGCAUAUCAGCGUGUAGCAUUGGACCAGCUCCUCAAGAUAGCUGGUAUUAGUGAUGAUGACUUGUUGAUUAUGUCUGAUGUGGAUGAGAUACCAAGCGCUCACACUAUUAAUCUCCUGAGGUGGUGUGAUGAAGUACCCUCAAUCCUUCAUCUGCAGCUGAAAAACUAUCUCUAUUCAUUUGAAUUUCGCGUUGAUGAUAAGAGUUGGAGGGCUUCAAUUCACAGGUAUCAGACUGGGAAGACAAGGUAUGCACAUUAUCGCCAAUCUGAUGACAUGCUGGCCGAUGCUGGCUGGCAUUGUAGCUUUUGCUUCCGUCGGAUCAGUGAUUUCAUUUUUAAGAUGAAAGCCUACAGCCACUAUGAUAGAGUCAGAUUCUCUCACUAUUUAAAUCCUGAUAGAAUUCAGAAGGUAAUAUGCAAAGGUGCUGAUUUGUUUGAUAUGCUGCCGGAGGAGUACACUUUCAAGGAUAUCAUUGGCAAAAUGGGACCAAUACCACAUUCCUAUUCUGCAGUUCAUCUUCCUGCUUUUCUUCUGGAAAAUGCUGAGAAGUAUAAAUUCCUUUUGCCAGGAAAUUGCAAAAGAGAAAGAUGAUUUUGGAAAGUCAUUUCUGAUACUGGCUUGUUCUGAGCUUGUAGCUUGUACAGCUCAAGUGACUCUCCUCUGGGUUUUUAACUGUGGUUGUGAUAAUUGUGUGUCAGUUUCACUCAUACAGCUCUAUCUUUGUCCAGUGAGAUAUUCUUUGGGAAUUCAUUCAUUUCGGAUAAAUUCUUUGAUCUAGAGGGAAUUCUGUAUAUAGUUACCUGGACUUCAUUCGAGGGGAGCAGCAGCAUUUCUACCUUUGAGCGACUGUUUGAGAAGAGGCUUGUCUUCAUGAACCGUGUUUAUCAUUAAUGUGAUUGAUCCCCAAUACACGAGAUUAGUCUAAAAUCCCCCACUUUUUCCUGUAUGGGAAGUUUUGUUUUGCAGACCAAUUAUUUUCGUAUUAUUCUUUGUUUAUGCUAAUUAUCUAAUCCGAUUGGUUGGUCUACUAUAU